AUGCCUAGGUGGGAAUUUCUCAAUAAAAGGAAAGAUCCACUUCCUCCGCCUUCCAAAGACCAUGGCCAACCUCCACCGACGCCAUGGCGACCAUUUUAUUUACGGAGGCUGGUCAUAACCUGCUUCAUCUUCGCCACUUGUGCAAUAGUUGCAGCCCUUGAGGUAUUGAACCAUAUCUCACAAUCUCAGAACGGGCUCGCAUCUUCGGUCGAACGUCUUCACUAUGUCUGGACCUAUACACCAACCGCGAUCCUGACUAUCAUCAGCGCACUGUGGGCGCGUACGGAGUUUCAAGCCAAGCAAAAUGCGCCAUGGAGAUCGCUGCAGCAACCAGAAGAAGUCGACAAGAGUUUGCUUCUAGACUACGACAAUAUUCCGCCCGUCGCACUAUGGAAAUCGCUCAAACAUCGCCACUUCAUUGUUGCCGCAGGGAUCGCCUGUUCUCUACUAUUACAGCUUGCAAUUCUGUUCUCCACAAGUCUGCUCUCUCUGCAGAGAGUUCAUGUGCAAAAGUUGAACGUCCCUAUUCAACUAGCUGAUAUAUUUGAUGGAAACAACCCGGCGUUCAACGAUACCACUCUUAAAGUUAAAGCAUUCGACACACUCAAUCAGGUGCAGUUCGAGAAUCUGAUAUACCCAAGUGGCACCAAUGCAAAUUUGGCCUUUCAGAGCUUCAGUAACCCGAGUGCUUCGGGAGUCUCGGCCAUACAUGCCCCGAUACGAGCCAUGGAAGCAGAUCUAGAAUGCGAACAUGCUACGCUAGUAGUGGAUCAGUGGGAGGUAGCAAGAUCCAACGAUACAUGGGGCGGCAAUACUUUCGACUUUUUAAACAACAGAAUCACGACGCCUUCCUGCACUAUCUUCAAUCUGACAGGUCUUGAUAACUUCUCAACAAAGGGUUGGAACCCCUAUAAAGCAAUGAUGUAUUCUGUAACCUGUGAAAACUCGACCGACACGGAUCGAAGCCGCAUAUUGGUAUUUGCGACGCAUUACCAUCUUGGAAGAAUGCUUGAAAACCAUACAUCUCACCCUUCCACAUUUUGGACACAUAGGUACGAGAUUGUCCUCGACAACUCAGUUCAAAUGUUCUGCAAGCCCCGCUUUUCCCUUGUCAACAUGGAAGCCACAUCCAAUUUGAGUCAGUUGGAAACUGCACCGGUCCUCAAGAGAAUUGGAACAGAAAAGCCAGAUUUUACGAAUCCCACUGCCUGGGAUAUAUCUGAUCAAGUGAUGCAAGGGUCUGCUUGGGGGAAUGCAGUUAAUCGACCCAUUGCUGCGCACCCUGCAUUUUUGGAUAACGACAUCGAACCCCCAGAGGUAGAUAUUGAUUCCUCGAUACAACCACAAGUGCCUAUUGAUUACACAAUCCAGCUUGGCACAUGGAUUGCCGGAAAAACUGGUUCUGCACAAGUGUUAUUACAAGAUGGCGUGCUUGAGGAAGUGGCCUCGACUUUUUAUCGUUCAAUGGCUGCCCAGGUCAUACAUGGCGGUCUUAGGAAACAAAAGGUCACACAGACCAAUGGCUCCAUUAUAGUCGAGGAUAACCGUGUGUUGGUGAUGCAGUCGCCACUGCGGGUACUUGAAGUUUGUUUGGUGAUAUCGGCUCUGAUAGCAGUUGCCAUGGUUCUGCUGCGGCCGAAUGAUGGGAAUCUUUCUCAAAACCCGAGCAACAUAUCAACCAUUGCCAACAUCAUGAGUAAUAGUCAGAUACUCCGACGAUCUCUCGGCGGGACCGGCGCCUCGACUCUCGAAGUCUUGAAGGAGAGGACCAGUGAAAAUAAGUACUUCUUGCGGAAUCAUCGACAAGGGGCCUCGAUUGAAGCUGAUGGGGAUGAGUCAUACGUCAAUUCUCGCGGUAAAUAUGCUACUCAGAAUUCAGGCUGCACCCGUCAGCCCAAUUUGUUUUGGAAGCCAUUUCCGAACAUUUGGUCUCGAAUACCUAUCUUUUGUGUGAUAACAGGGGUCAUCAUAGCCCUCGAGACUCUUCUACAUAUUUCUCAAAAGAACCAUGGACUAGGCAAGGCUUCUGAUAAUGGCACAAUCCAUUACCUUUGGACAACUGUUCCUUCCUUGGUCAUGAUGGUGAUAGGUCUGUCAAUCGGAAGCCUGGAAUCUAAUGCAAGGAUUCUUGCACCCUAUGUCGGCUUGCAGAAAGCUCAAGGUAUCGAUUUUGAUGUUCUGGCAACAAACUUUCUCGACGCCUUGCGUAUAACAAAUCUUUUCCGGGCGGUCCGAACCGGAAAUUUCGCGGUUUUUUCAUCGACAUUGGCAACAUUAGUUGCUUCGUUUCUUACGAUCGUGACUAGUGGUCUCUUUUCAGCGGUCGAAGUGCCCCAGAUCCUCAAUUCAAACUUCACGCAGGAGACCCUCUUCAAAUCGCCUAAUGUUUCUGCUCUCCUGGCAGAUACACCUGCCUUCAUUACUGCGGACUAUAUUCUCAAUGACAACCUCAGCUAUCCCGAAUGGACCUUUGAAGACCUAGUUUUCCCCGAGUUGUCCUUUCCUGAAUAUUCAGAUUGGACCGCGAAUGAAGAUCUGUAUGCGGAUGUCCGCAUCCCAGCUAUCAGGGGAUCUUCGGAUUGUACUUUUGCAACUGGAAAAGCGCUGAACUACACGCUGAAAAGCCUCAAAGGAGAAUUUCCGGGAUUCUCUACAUAUACUUCCCAGGGCCUAGCAGACGGCUCUGGUGGGCCAUGGCUGAGCCUGUUUAACAUCCACUUCUAUCCGCCCAACCACGAUUGCCCUGUUCCCGGCGCGAAUUCUACAUUUCUCACUAACGACGAUGCGUAUUACAACAUUGAUUUUCCCGAGGACGGUUAUUUCGGACAGACGUUUCCAAUAUUUUGUUUUGGGACCGGCGAGGCUACCCAAUCUCGCCUUACGAUGUAUGUGUGGGGGUACUUUGAGAAUUUGACUAUGCAUCAUAUAAGUUCAAUGACUUGUGCUGGCAAGAUCGAAUCUGUCGAUACCAUUACUCGUUUCAAACUCCCCGGCUUUGAUAUACCCUCGGACCACCCACCGAUACCCGACGAGUCUUCUGUCAACCCUCUUCCGCAUUUCAAUGGAGUCUGGGAUAUCUACAAUUUGGAUACUCUGACUAGUUACUAUAUAGAUAAAGAUCUCACAAAGGAAGAUAUUAGAAUCGACAAUGUCUUUAGCUCAUUGCUGAAUGGACGCUACAAAGUCCCGAAGGAGUUUCUCCGCGAACCUCAAUACGAUGCGAAGGUCCGGGAGGCAAUCAAGCGCCAGGAGAGGAUUGUGAGGGCACAGCCGCUUAAAGCAUACGCUCGUUUGGCUGCAAAUGGGACACUGGACAACAAACCUAUUUCUGGCAACUUGACCGUGCCGAAAAAUCUCCGCGUUCAGCAAGAUGAAAUCUCGACCAGAGUACUUGAAGUAAUGCUAGGGCUGGUCCUUAUCUUUGGUAUUCUAGGAUCGGUGCUCAUGAAUACAGAUCAUGUCUUGCCGAAGAAUCCAAUGAGUAUUGCGGCGGUUGGGAGCUUGUUGGCGGACUCGAACUUUCUGCAUCUUUAUCGCUUUACAGAACAAAAUCCAAACUAUAGACUGCUUCGUGGCUGCCGAGUGCAUCUUGGUUGGUUGGGUGACGAAUCUUCGUCAGAAGGCUCGUCGGACCCGGACGAAUCGAAAGAAGGUCUCUAUUUUACGAUAUACAUGAAGACAGACAAGACAGAGAAGACAGAGAAGGCUGGGGAGGAUUCUCGAAUUGGCGAAUUGCGGAGUAAUUCCUUGCAGCAAGAUAGGGCAAACUCAGGGGAAGGUGCAUGGAUCUAG